AGGGUUCUGGUGGGGCUAUAGGAAUAACAGAGAAUCCUACUGCAAUGAAACGAUGGAUGAUAGCUGGUCCUGCAAUAUCCCAGAUCAUCAAAGAGUUUGAAGAAGUCUCAAGUAUAGGAGACAUGAAAGCCAACGAAGACUUUAGCCACCACGAGCAAACAGCAAGCAUUCAACAGAAAUUUAGAGAUGAUGUAUUUGCUGUUGUGACUACUAUUGAUAAACUAGGCAAUCCAUUCCUUGUGUCAGGUGACGAUGUAUUUACUAUUGACACAAAGGAUGUUAUAUGUAUCAGUAAGUGACACCAUCAGAAGUAUAGAAGACAUUGGCAACCAAAGCUUCACUAAGUAUACAACUGAACGUCUUGUGGAGAGAACUGAACCAUUGGAUACACCCAUAAAACGCCACAAGAUCGCAAUGUUGAGCAGCAAAAUACCCAAAAGAACAAAUCAGAAAUCUCAAAUUAAGAAAUUGAGAAAUGACUGUGAUUUAUUCUCCAAAUUAUACAUCACAUGCCAGACAAGAAACAUUGAUCUUGAUGACUUUCUCAUGCAUGAGAACCAGGAGUAUCCACCUUCACUGGCAAAGUAUGGUGUCCUCAGAAAUGGUGACA